CUUCGCGGGCGCACAGCACUCAUCAUACUUAUAGGAACGCUUGGUCUGUGUUUAGGCAGUUUCGGCUGCAAUAUCAUUAUGAUAUAAGUAUAGGUCCUGACGUUGAGCAGGUUGCUCAAUCUAUUGCUUAUCUCUCUUGGAAUGGGUAUGCGGGGGCAACAAUAAGUACUUAUAUUUCAGGCCUGGCUUUUACGAUGCAAACAUUGGGUUGGCCUGAUGUGACUGACGCUUUUGUAAUCCGGCGGCUGGUAGACGGGUGCAGGCGGAAAAAUGCUCGCCGCGAUACCCGGUGUCCCAUUACUCUGCCUAUUCUCAAAUCCAUCCUAAAUUCAUUGACUCACGUAUGCGUUAAUACGUAUGAUUUGGCAUUGUUUCGGGCUGCCUUUCUAAUCGCUUUCUUUGGCUUUCUUCGAGUAGGGGAGUUCACGUCUCAAUCUAGACACGAACCCGUUCCUUUAUCAGAAAAAGAUAUUAUUAUUCAAGGGAUGGCGCGUGUGCACUCUGCCUUUUAUCGUCAGUUUGAUUCGUCACCCCUAACGAGGCACAAAUUUGGCCAAGUUUUAAAACGUGCCAUUACUUUUUGCGGUUUACCCGUUGCUCACUUCUCUUCCCAUUCUUUCCGUAUUGGGGCUGCAACUUCUGCAGCCAUGGCGGGUGUUCCCGAUGUUUGCAUUCAAAAUAUGGGGCGCUGGGCUUCAAACACACACAGAUUGUAUAUUCGACGACUUCUCCCCCUUAAUUUAAGCAAUUUUGCUAGUUAUAAUGUGAACGGGCUUGGUUCGUUACCCGAUUUGGAUGAGGCCACCAGCGAAUUCCAUUUCGGACCGAACAUUAACGUUGCCUCGUUCACAUUCUAG